AAACAACAAAACCGGAAAUUCAAGUCGGGUGAGGUACCCGACCAUAGCAAGCUGCAGGCCACGUCCUCCGGAUCGAGGAAGUCAGUUCUCGUAAUGAUUUGAGUAACCUAUGGAGGAACCCAUUCAGAUAUGAUUGCGAGGGCGUGUCGAUCGAACCUCUACCAUUUCAGUAGCAGGUAUAUCCGAGUAGCCAUCUUGUUUAUUGUUGCUGUAGCUGCUCUGUUGGCAGCCCGGGAUUAUAUUCGUACUGGUUCUGGGAAUGUUACAUAUAAGAAACAUAAAACAGUACCCAAGUGGAACCCAGCACACAACAAGGAUCUAUUUCUUGUCCCAGCUGUGAGACCCAAAGCUCGUCAUGUUGAGCCUUUGGACAGAACCAAGGUACUGGCUAAGUUAGCCCAGGCUAAGGCUCCGGAAGAACACCCACUGCUGGCGUUCCAGAGCUCCCGCGGGACCAAACACAGGUCCAAGGAGGAUGCUGCAAUGGUGGAAUACAUGGCCAGCAAAGUUACAGUAGAAAUAGAAGUCCUCACGAAUACUGAAGGCAUUCGCACAUGUUGGUUUCAGACAACCCUGACCAAUACAGGAACAGCGACUAUUUCCUAUGGACACUGGGAGAUAUACUUCCAUUCCGUACGGUUUCUUCAGCUGUUCGAUUUCCCGUAUCCAAACGGGAUUCUCAUCAAGGAUUCUCCUCUGCGUUUAUUCCACGUUCAAGGAUCGCUGUAUCGUCUCGUCCCUGAGGCUGAACUAUUCCAUGGCUGGACUGCAGGCGAUAAAAUAACACUUCAUUUGGAAGCUAAAGCUUUCCUUAUCUCAAGAUCCGAUUUCUUUCCCAAUUGGUACGUGACAGCACCAAAUAUUACACCCCUCCUUAUUCAAUCAGCAGCAGAUGACAAUCUUACAUUCGUUCAAGCUUUUGAUGCUCCCAGGAAAUGGAAGCGACGUAAGAACGACCAAUACAACCCCUUUACGGCUGAGGAUCGAUUCAACAGAAAUUUAGUGAUACGUGACCUUGGACAUCCGGGAUCUCAUAUCAUACCAACGCCUGUCCAGGUCAGCUUUGAUCCAAUCAAAAAAGUCCAAAUUGAUACAAAGACUUGGAAAAUUUUCCACAACUUGAAAUUCUCAGAGGAAGUUAGCUACCUCGCAGAUCUGUUGAAACUACAAGUGAGCAAUGUAAAGCCUGCGUCUAACUACAUUUCGUUUGUGGAGGAAACGGUUCUGCCUUUGAAGCGUGUUCCGACAACUGUGGAAGAAGCUUAUUCUGUAACGGUUGACUCCGUACCAAACAUCAUCACUUUAUCCGCUAGCCACAAACCGGGAGCAUUCUAUGCUGCCGUAACACUUUAUAGCCUAACCAGUCGAGUUAACACAGGAUUGUGGGAAGUUCCUGUUGGGAAGGUCGCAGAUCAACCUCGUUUUAAAUAUCGUGGAUUGCAUCUGGAUGUUGCGCGUAACUUUCAUCCCAAAGAGGAAGUUUUACGUCUUUUGGAUGUUAUGGCGAUAUACAAAUUGAACAAAUUCCACCUACAUUUAUCAGACGAUGAGGGAUGGAGGAUAGAAAUACCGGGGCUCUCUGAGCUCACACAGGUAGGAUCAAAACGUUGCCACGGUGAUGUAAAGGAGCGAUGCCUAUUCCCGGCGUUAGGGUCAGGCCCUGAUGCUGUAUAUCCAGGAACAGGUUACUACACUGUUAGGGACUACCAGGAGAUCUUGAGGUAUGCUGACCAUCUUCAUAUACAAGUGAUACCAGAGAUUGAUAUGCCAGGGCACAGUCAGGCGGCCAUUGUAGCUAUGGAGGCCCGGUACUAUGACCUCCGUGAGAAAGGUCAGGGACUGGAGGCCAGGGAAUACCUUCUCAGUGACCUGGCUGAUAAGUCGGUUUACCUGUCGGCGCAGUCCUUUACUAAGACAGCUCUCAACCCUUGUCUGGAGUCAACAUACACAUUCCUCAGACAUGUGAUGGAAUCACUCAAGGUUAUGCACAGCGAUAUUCAACCUCUGACCUUUUACCACUUUGGAGGUGAUGAAGUUCCAAAAGGGGCUUGGGUCAACUCCAGUGCUUGUCUGACAAGCUCAUUACAGCCAGAUGUACACACUCCUCAGAAAUGGAAGGAGUAUUUUCUGGUCCGUUUGGCUAAGAUAGCCAGACAACUAGACCUUGAGCUGGGUGCGUGGGAGGAUGGCAUCAUCGACCAGAACACGUCGGUACCGUUCAACAUAGACCUGUUUGGAUCGAAGUCAAGGCACAUCUACACUUAUCCCUGGAACAACAAGUGGGAGUAUGGGAUUGGGAAUCAGGCCUACAACCUUGCCAAUGCUGGUUACAAGGUUGUGAUGUCACAGGGGACUCACCUGUACUUUGACCAUGCUCAGGAGCCAGACCCCGAGGAGGUCGGACUUUACUGGGCGACACGCUUCAUUGACUUACAGCGUGUGUUUUCCUUCAUACCUGCUCAAAUGUAUUGGAAUGCUGACCUGUCCAUCAUGGGUGAACCACUCACCAAGGACCAAAUCUGUAAUGGAAAAGAGUGUCUUACCCUUCAAAAUCCAGAAAAUAUUGUUGGUAUGGAGUGCCAUCUAUGGGGAGAAUUGUUGAGGUCACGUGAUGUCACAGAUCAUCAAAUGUUUCCUCGGGUCAUUGCCAUGGCGGAGAGAGCCUGGCACCAUGCUCCAUGGGAGAGUGAGAGUGACGUGGCAGCGAGGCGAACAAAGAUGGAUGCUGAUUGGUCAAGAUUUGUGAACACAAUCGGGUACAAGGAAUACCCAUACCUGGACAGCCUCGGUAUCAAGUACAGAAUCCCGCCUCCAGGGGCAGUGGUAAAAGACAAGAAACUGUUAGUGAACAGUGAGGCGCCUGGUCUGGAAAUUCAGUACAGCUUAGACUUUGGUAAAACAUGGAGGGAUGCAAGGGGGGGACCAGAACUGACGGGGGACAAUACCAUCUUCCUGAGGACAAUGUCAACAGACAGGAAAAGAUGGAGCCGGAUUAUCAAGCUUCAGUAUGACCAUGAUCAGGUCAAGGUUAAACAAAGAGCUAGGGACGGAGAGCUGCAGGUUCAACAACAAAAUGGAGUAAAUUCAAGAGGUUCUAAACAAACUCGAUCAGGCACAUCUCGACAACAGACUCCACUGGAGAAAUCUUCUAACCGGAUUUAUCAGGAAACAUCAGCAAUGGUUCAGUCACUCCAACAGAAACAGCAACAGAUUCUAUGGGAUCAACAUCCACUUAAACGACGGGGAAGACCUCAGAUUUUACCAGGAAAUUCUGAGCAACAACCUGGACAAGUUAGAUCACCUCAACAAACAGGACAAGUAAAAUUACCUCAACAAAACAUGAAACUAGGGAAAAGUUCACAACAGAUGGGGAUCAGACAAUUUCAACAGCAGAAUGGACGAAAAGAGGUUGAUCAGGUCAAAUAUCAGCAAACAGGUAAAUUACUACAACAACCAGGUAAAUUACAACAACAACCAGGUAAAUUACAUCAACAACCAGGUAAACUACAUCAACAACCAGGUAAAUUACAACAACAACCAGGUGAAUUACAACAACAACCAGGUAAAUUACAACAACAACCAGGUGAAUUACAACAACAACCAGGUAAAUUACAACAACAACCAGGUGAAUUACAACAACAACCAGGUGAAUUUCAACAACCAGGAAAACCUGUAAAAGUGCCAAGAGUCUCGCAGCAAAUAGUACAAAAUAAAGGUGUGUUGGUUGGACAACAACAGGCAGGACCUGGUUUAUCUGAAGGAGCCUUUAAACAAAAAAUGAGACUGAAGUCUUUACAAGGAAAUAUUGACACAUUAGUGAAGAAGUUAAGUGAUAAAACAAUAAAUUCCAAUUUCCAGCUAAACCCAGAAGCUUCGAAUUCCAACGUCCAGCUAAACCCAAAAGCUUCGAAUUCUAACGCCCAGCUAAACCCAAAGACUUUGAAUGUCCAGGAAAGUUUACCCAAAAUGAAUCAAGCUGAGGGCAAACUGACCAACCUACUCGCUCUACGAGGCAAAUCCUCAAAAACCUUCCAGAGGAAGCCAGAAGUGAUUGCUGAUGAAAAACCUGCCGGGCCCGCUAAAGUCUGGCAAGGACAGAGGAACAAUGCUGCUGACAAGGGGAAUCACUCAAUUCAAGGCUUAAAGACCAAAGAAAAAGAAAUACUUCAAAAUUUUAAGGAAAGCUAUUGAAUGAAGAUGGAAAUAGUUGUGUUGCUUGAGAUCUGAAGUUACCUUGGAAACUCUUUUUGUUCUGUAUCUUUGAAAGUUGUUUCAGAAAUUUUUCGAUUUUUUUUUGUUAUCUGGAAAAUCAUCAUUUUUGGUAUCAUUAGGACCAUGUAUAUAUUGUUAUAAACAAGGGAGAUCACUCUAGUGACAAGUUAUAUAUUGUUAUAAACAGUCAUAUGGUUUAAACAAGGGAGGUCACUCUAGUGACAAGUUCUUGCGUGUGCUACUGAUAUAAUCUAGAUCAUGUGGGUGUUUGAAGAUUUGGACAUUUUUUGUUGAGUUUAGUACACUGCCCUCCAUCUUUAAUCCUUUCACUAAAGAACUUUCUUCUCUUGACAAUGCCUCACUUUUGGCCUUUAGUUGAGCUUUCGCCUCUGUGAGGAAGGCUUUGGGUUCUGACCCCUGGUCGAGACAUACCAGAGUCUUUAAAAAUGGUGGUUGCUACUCCUGCUGAAAGCUCAACAUUUUGGGAAUGGGACGACUGGUUUGCCCGGUGUCAGUAUAAUGUGACCAAGUGGGGUGUCCUGCUGGAUGUCUUUGGCAGUAUCCUUCCGUGAGGUAGCACAAUAAAUCAGUUAUAUGAUAUAAAUGGUUGCAGUUACUUGAAGUUUAUUAAUUUGCUCAUACUAAUGGCAAAUACAAAACAAAAAAUAAAUAUGUUGCCAUCUUGAAAUAAUGGGGAGAAUCAAGGAAAAGGCCUGUUUCAAAAUACUUAAAAUAUAUUUUAAAUGUGUACCAUAAAAUCACACAGGUAAGAUCACUGUGAGAAUGCUGGAAACAUACAAUAAAUACACAAAAUUUUGCAAAUUUGACGAAUUUUUUUUAAUAUAAAAUUAGGUUAAAACAAUGUAAUUAUCAAAAAAUACGAUAAUGAACUUAAAAAAUAAGUUUUACUGAAUUUUAAACUUUGUUGACUCAUGGGCCCAGGUUUUAUGGAUUGGAAAACCCCUCUCUUUAAGCUUUAAGAAGAUUAGGAAUUGUUACGUGCUCCCAUUUUCGUUAUGCUCAUUCAUCCUUCCGUCCUUCUUCAGUUUAUCUUGUUGAGACAUGAUCUCCUACACUACUUGUCACUGGGACUCCAUACUUGUUAUAUAGGAUCACAUAACAGAGGCGGUGUGUCGUGUAUCAAAUGUAGAUCAGUCUGACCUACAGUUUGACCUUUGACCUACAUCAAAGGAAAAGUUUGUCUGGCCUCCAUCUCCUACAUUGGUUACUUCUCACCUCAACUUCAUACUUGGGGUAUGGGUUCACCUAGGUGGGGCGAUGAACCAUGUAUCAAAUGUAGAUCAGUCUGACCUACAGUUUGACCUUUGACCUAUAUCAAAGGAAAAAAGAAAUGUUUGGACCUGCUCCUCUUCUUGUCACCAGAAAUUCUUACUCAGGACAGGUUAUAUGGUAGGCGCCAAGAUCACUCGGAGAUAUCUCAUUAUUUUUCGCGAGCCUAUUACUAGUUUCAUAAAAUUUCAUUAGAAAUCAAAACAGAUUUAAGAUGCUUUAUUUAACAUCGCUCAAUUUACUUCCAUUUUGACAAGUUAUAGACAAAAUUUUGAGGGAUUAAAAUCAAAUGGAGACAGCUAUUUUGUUGCAUUGUUCACAAUUCAUGACAUCAUAUCAUUGUCCAUAUCAUGACGUCACAAUCAAUUUUUGGCCCAGCCAAUGUGUAUGUAACAAUGUGUUACUAGUGACAUAUGUAAAAUAUUACACGGGGGAAUUCACUGUAAAAUAUUACACGGGGGAAUUCACUGGACAAUAUUACACGGGGGAAUUCACUGGACAAUGUAAAAUAUUACACGGGGGAAUUCACUGUAAAAUAUUACACGGGGGAAUUCACUGGACAAUGUAAAAUAUUACACAGGGGAAUUCACUGGACAAUGUAAAAUAUUACACGGGGGAAUUCACUGUAAAAUAUUACACGGGGGAAUUCACUGGACAAUGUAAAAUAUUACACGGAGGAAUUCACUGUAAAAUAUUACACGGGGGAAUUCACUGGACAAUGUAAAAUAUUACACGGAGGAAUUCACUGGACAACUUUGUGAUUAAUUAUUUAUACAUAUCAACUGUCAUCAAUGAAAUUGUUACGAAGUUUUCAAUACUGUACUGGUAUAUAUUAACCUUAUCCAUCUAGAAAUCAUACGAUGUGUUUCUAUAUUGUACAGUUGUGUAAAAGUGAUGAGAUUAUUUCUAAUCUCAAGCUUCCUUUCAUUUACAUGCUAUGCAAAACAGUUGAGUUAAAUGUAUAUGCAUGUAAUCAGAAUAUUUAAUAUUAAAAUCAAUGUAAAAAAAAAACCCCAAAAAACAAAAAACAAAAACCUGUUUAACAGUGUGUGUGACAUGUAUAUAGACAUUUGUAUAUUUUUUUUCUAUGACAGAGACUACAUAUAAAAUGUUGAUACUGACAAAUAGAUUAGUGAUAUCAAAUAUUUUACAGACAGAAAAAAAUCAGAUUUUCAUAUUCUUGUAUAUAUUUAAGUACAGUGAGCUCCCAUGUAAAUUUUGUCUGGAUAGAAGUCAUUGUUUGCUAAAAUGAUAUGAUGAUUUUAUUUCACCCAGGCACACUUUGUGUGGAACAAGAGGUAAUGAAUCCGAUAUACUUGUACACUGUGUAGUAUAUAUAAAUUAUAUAUGUUAAACAAAACAGAUGCUUCUUUGUUUUAUUGUAAAAAUUUGUUAUAAAAGGUAUGAUGUUUUAUGUUGUUUACAGUAGAGGGAUCGUACAGAAAAGACAUUUUGUGUGGUGUUAUGGUAUUUCAUAAUUCAGUAUCUUUUUUUUUUUGCUCACAUACUUCCAAAAUACAAAACACAACAAUUCAUUUUUGAGCAUAUCAUGUGAGAAAGAAGGAUCUGAUCAGGAAAAAAACAUUUGUUUUCUUACUUGACAUUUAUAAUGGUGUAAUGACACAUCAGAUGUGGGUGAUUUUUUAUUUCACUUGAUAUCCUGGGUCAUCUAUAAUGCUAUAAUUAAUUAUCCGACUUGUGGGUGAAUUCUUAUUUUAUUUGAUAUCCUGGGCCUCAAUAAUGGUAUAAUUAAAUAUCCAACUUGUGGGUGAUUUUAUCUUCGUUUUUCUUUCAUGGUGAUCAUUUUGCAGUUUUCACCUGUGAAGUCUACUAACUAACAAUUAUCUACUUUGUUUAAACAACGUUUUUUUUGCAGACACAGGUUACUACUUGUAACAAUGCUGUCAGUCAUACAGGUAUAUUGUAAAUAGAUUUCAGUGGCCUCUCUAUCAAUACCGUUGUUUUGUAUAAGUGGCCUCUCUAUCAAUACUGUUGUUUUGUAUAAGUGGCCUCUCUAUCAAUACCGUUGUUUUGUAUAAGUGACCUCUCUAUCAAUACUGUUGUUUUGUAUAAGUGGCCCCUCUAUCAAUACCGUUGUUUUGUAUAAGUGGCCUCUCUAUCAAUACUGUUGUUUUGUAUAAGUGGCCUCUCUAUCAAUACAGCUGUUUUGUAUAAGCGGCUUCUCUAUCAAUACCGUUGUUUUGUAUAAGUGGCAUCUCUAUCAAUACUGUUGUUUUGUAUAAGCGGCCUCUCUAUCAAUACAGCUGUUUUGUAUAAGCGGCCUCUCUAUCAAUACAGCUGUUUUGUAUAAGCGGCAUCUCUAUCAAUACCGUUGUUUUGUAUAAGUGGCAUCUCUAUCAAUACCGCUGUUUUGUAUAAGUGGCCUCUCUAUCAAUACAGCUGUUUUGUAUAAGCGGCCUCUCUAUCAAUACCGUUGUUUUGUAUAAGUGGCUUCUCUAUCAAUACCGUUGUUUUGUAUAAGUGGCAUCUCUAUCAAUACCGCUGUUUUGUAUAAGUGGCCCCUCUAUCAAUACCGCUGUUUUGUAUAAGCGGCCUCUCUAUCAAUACCGUUGUUUUGUAUAAGUGGCUUCUCUAUCAAUACCGUUGUUUUGUAUAAGUGGCAUCUCUAUCAAUACCGCUGUUUUGUAUGUUUUGUGACAGUGUUUUAUUAGAUGUUUUAAUGAUAGAGUUUCCAUACUUUCUGCAAUUUUUGCUUUUUUCAUUGUUCUACAAAUGUUUUCCAUUUUGCAUAAUAUUUUGGAUAGACAUGCCAUUUUUGUUGUAUUUUGAGGCGUUUUGGACAUUUAGGUUAUUUUAGGGGAAGAUAAAUCUUGCACAGGUAAAAUGGGAAACAAAUCUGUGAUUGAAAGGAUAAAACAGAUUAAUACAAUUAGUUGUCCAUACCUUGUCUUUCUAGAUUUAUUUUAUUCACUGAAUUACUGUUGUUUGUAGGCAUUGAUAAUUAACUUGAAAGUAAAAAAACUCAUUACACAGUCAAACCUUGAUGAUUCGAACUUCGUUGAUUCAAAUUUACUUGGUCCCGAAUUUCCUCACUAUGUAACGCUACUAACGAACCUAUGUGUGAUUUAAACUUUUACAAAUCGAAGUUUUUGAUAUUAUAUUAUAGGUAAUUGACAUCUCAUGAUUUGAACAACAAAUUUACCUGUACUGACCAGUGGACAGGUGUUUGUCGUGACCCCGCGGCAAGACUUCACACCUUUUCCACAAACGCUCUUUCAGACAAUAGGGAUUACGAUAGCGUGUACUGUUGUCUACUCCCAAUCAUGGGGUUGAUUAAAAAUCAGGCCCAAUGUAUAGAUUGUGUAUUUAGAAGCCAUAACAUUUAAUUAGCAAUGUCUUCACUCAUACUCAAAGUGUCACGUUUCAAACUUAUACAUAAUCCAUAUAAAUCGAUUAUUUGUCAUUCAAUCAUGCAUUCUCAACUGAUCGGCAUUCCGCAUUUUAUAUAUAUAUAUGCACCUAACGUCUUCAGCAAAAAAAGUUAACGUAAGUGUGCAUUGUACUUCAUUUGCUUUAUCUGUUAAACGUGAUAUAAUUGUUUUGUAAACAAUACAUAGUUCGUUUAAUACAAUUCUGAAUUGAUGAAAAGUAUUUAUUUUAAUUUUGUGUUGGAGGUAAAUCAAUUAAGCUUUUCCAUGUGAGCCUGACAGUUGGCAAUCAACACGAAGACACCGAGGACAUGUAACGUUAACAGAUAUGGUCAUUAUCAAGAAAACAUUGAUCUAUUGUCAACCAUGAAUAAUUCGAAGUCCCGCUGUUUCAAAGUUUUUCUCUGUUAGUCCCUUGAAUUUCGAAACAUCGAAGUUUGACUAAAUGUUUAUUGUGGACAACCAUUCCAUAGAUUGUGUAGCGGAACUGGACCGGGUUGAUCAUCGGCGACCAGGUAGCUCAAUCGGUAGAGCAUCCGGCUAGUGUUCGGAGGUCCCGGGUUCCAACCCCGGUCUGGCAGUGUAUUUUCCACUCCUACCACAUUUGGUGCCUGUGACCAAACCUUGUUUCAAGUGAGGUGAAUACUUGACAAGGGGAUACCCGAACCUGGGUUGUGAAUUGUGAAGUCUUCGGGGUCGAAGACUUAAAAAAAAUAGGAGGGAAGAGUGUAGCGGAACUGGACCGGGUUGAUCAUCAGCGACCAGGUAGCUCAAUCGGUAGAGCAUCCGGCUAGUGCUCGGAGGUCCCGGGUUCGAAUCCCGGUCUGACCGUGCACUUUUCCACUCCUAUUACAAUUGUAUUUAGUGAAGAAUAAAUGAUAAUAAUAUCAGCAUCGUGAUGAAAUGUUGUAAUGAACCAGUGUAGAGUCCAAGGGUUCAAAUUUUAGUUUUGUGGUUGUUAUUGAGAAUUGUUUAUAUGGUGGGAAAUGUUUUUAUGUGGAAUAAAUUUUUAAUGUAUACACAA